GAAAGUCACUUUGAGUCCGAGCAGCAGAAACCACAGGACUGCGUCGUUCAUCAAACAUGAAAAACCUGCGCUUCAAAGAUUUCUUCUGGAACUCUGACCUGACAUGCACUGGAGGAUAUGAUGUCAUCAUUCAGUAUCUCAAUGAUGGAAAGAGGACGUGCAAGGAAGUGGACGACUUCCUGAAGGCCAGGGCUUCAAUUGAAGAGAAAUACGCCAAAGAUCUCCUGGGUUUGUCCAAGAAGGUGUGUGGACACAAUGAGAUGAACACAUUGAAAAGAUCCCUGGAUGUGUUCAAAUUACAGACUGAACAUGUGAGUCUAUCACAUCUACAACUGGCACAGAGCAUGAGGGAGGAGGCCAAGAAACUGGAGGAAUUCAGGGAAAAGCAAAAAGAUGUGAGGAAAAAGCUUGAACAACAGAUUGAUGCUCUGCACAAACAGAAGUCUUCACAUUUCAAGAAGACAAUGGAUUCAAAGAAGACGUACGAGCAGAAGUGCCGCGAUAAAGAAGAAGCCGAUCAGAAUGUGAACCGAAACACCAACACUAACAACACCAAGCACAUGGAGAAGCUCAACUCAAAAUCGCAGCAAGCAAAACAGAACUCAGAGGAAGCAGACAGGUUAUACCAGCAGAAUGUGACCACACUGGGGAAGGUUACAGACGAAUGGAUGAAGGAACAUGUGAAGGCCUGUGAGAUGUUUGAAAAACAAUCUGUGGAGCGAAUCAACUUUCUGAGGAACACAGUCUGGACCCAUCUUAACCAGCUCUCCCAGCAGUGUGUGACCGGUGACGAGCUGUAUGAGGAAGUGAGAAAGUCGCUGGAACAGUGUGACGUCCAGGAAGAUAUCGAACACUUUGUAAACCUCAGGCGGACCGGUGAUAAACCACCAGCUGCAGUUCUGUAUGAGAACUUCUACAGUGGUCAGAAGUCUCCCAAUGGAGCUCCACCCUCUCGGCUGCCUCCACCAAUCACCAGGAGGGGGCCGUUACCUGAUCCAACACACAGCAGGGCGGAUGAUACGAUCUACUCGACAGUGCAGGACGCAGGCUACAGUGUCGUCCAGUUCUGACACACAGAUAUGCUGCAGCAGUUACUGUGUGUCCCGGGCAGAGCUGGAGCUUUGUCACAGGCAUGAAGUUUAUCUAUGUAUAUUUACUUCCUCCUUCGUGCUUCCCUGUGAAGAUUAUCUUACCAGGUGGAAAAUGAUUAACUGUGUACACAUACAUGGUUCAUUUGAGAUAACCUGGUAUUUUGAAGACAUUUUACUGUGUUAUAAGCAGUACAGUAAACAUUAUUCUAUUUGAGGGAUUUUUGGUGUAUUUUUAAAAUCAAAACUGGUUAAAUGUUGUGUGCAACAGAAACAGAAGCUUAUAGGAGUAUAAAGAAACAUAAAACAGUGACGUUUAACACAUUUCUGUAUCAACUUCCUACUCAGAUAUCUAUACCCAGAUGUAAAGCUCUAUCCUCUGUGAAGAUGCAUCUAAUCUAUGAUCGAUUUGGAAUUUUACAUAGAGAUUCACAUAAUGAGAAACUGUCAGCUGAGUUGAACCUGAAUACUCUUAUCUCCUGUAUCUGCGCCGUGCAGGAUCUAAAAUACUGGACCGUUUUCCAGUUCCAAUCUGUCCCACAGACUCAUUUCCAUUCUAAGAAAGGUCUAUGGUCUACACUGACAUUGUAGACAUUGACUGUCUGCAAUUGUUGGAAGUUUUGCACUUUGAUUUAAUGACUUAAUGGUUGUGUGUUACAAACUGUGAGGACGUUUAAAACUGGAGGAAUAAAGAGGAAUCAAAAAAAGCUCA